UCCAGCACCGAGCCCACCUCCAACCUGGAGAACGCCAUGCAGCUGAUGAUCCAGACCUUCCACAAAUACUCCGGGAAGGAGGGGGACAAGUACACCUUGAGCCGUGGGGAACUCAAGGAGCUGCUGACUGAGGAGCUGGGAAACUACCUGGGGAACGCCCAGGACAAAGACGCUGUGGACAAGGUGAUGGCCGACCUGGACGCCAACAAUGACGGGGAGGUGGACUUCACCGAGUUCGUCAUCCUGGUGGGGGCGCUGACGGUGGCCUGCAACGACUUCUUCAACAAGGACGAGAAGAAGCCGGAGGCAAAGUAG